AUGGAAGUCGGUCUUGUUAGUAUUGGAGAGCAGGUCAAAGAAUCUACCUCAGGUGGACUCACCACAGGCCUGCCCAUGCUUUGUCAAGAUCUGCACUUACCAGAAUCUCAACUCUCCCGGGACGGAUUGAUUACUCCGACUGGCAUCAACACCGCGGCUAUGACCUCGCUUAGCUCUCAAGAGUCCGACUUUGAUUCUGACAUUUGUCACUAUUAUGUUAAUCUAGAGAGAGCCGCCAAUAUUGCUUUAUCUCGUAUUUUCGGGGUCUAUCUCAAGCGGCUCGAGAACCCCGCUCGUGUCGUUGAGGCGUUCUCACAUUUCAUAGACCGGUGCGUCAAUAUUCUGCAAGAUGAGGAUGUCUUCUCGACGAUUGACUGGGAUUACAACGGCGAUUCCAACUACGAUGUCGAAGAAGGUCGCAGCUGCCCGUUUAGAAAACGCAACCCCCGGAAAUUCAAUGCUCGGGAUCUUGAUUCCUGUGCCAACAGAUCUUACAAGAACAUGACGGAUUUUAUGUACGACUCCAUGGGAGACAUAUUGUCGCGCAGCACGGAAUCCAGCCGGCAGUCGAAACCCGAUGCUGGCCCUCAAGACCCUGAGAAUGGCGUGAACAUCCGCAAAGUUGCCCUUACCAGCGGCAACAUGAUCCAAACCUGGCACCAAUUGUGGGGUCUACUUUUUCCUGAUGACGAGGAGAUACCAUCGCCAAACAAAAGGACGAAAGCUCUGCUCCAAGGCUCCAAGUAUUUCGACUCUGAACGUUGUAAGAUGGAGGAGAGCAGUGAUAUGGUCCAGAUCUCAACCGUCUGA